AAAAACACGAUCCCAAUGCAAGGACAUACACUCAGCAUCGCAGCUACAUGCGGCGACAAUCGUUUGGUGGUUGUUGAGCAAAGCGCACCCCGUGUGAAGGUGUUCAACAGUGACAACACGCUGGCAUACGAGUUCCCAACGGUGCUGCCGAGUGAGGUUGGUAAGACCACAGUUGACCUCCGGAGCGUAGCUGUCAAGAAUGAUAGUACCAUUGCAGUGGGAGAUGUGGGGAGGAUGGUAUUGACAGUGCACAGCCCCACUGAUGGUGAGCUCCUUCAUACCAUACCAGUCAAGAUUAAACCUCAUUUUCUGGCUUUUGACAGCAAUGAUCGAGUUAUAAUAAGUGACUGUACAUCACAGACAGUGGAUAUUGCCGGUGGCAAUGGUACUACAAAACGGACCAUCAAACCCACCAUCAAUGGUCAACCAGUGAAAUACUGCAACGGUGUAUGCACUGAUAGCUCAGGUAUCUAUGUUGCAAUGCAUAAUGGUGCCAACACGGGUCAUAUCCACCACUAUGACCCUCAAGGUGGCUUCCUUCAGUGCAUCGCACAGGGUCUGCACUACCCACAGGGUAUCACAUUCCCAUCUGAUGGGCAGCUGGCAGUGGCUAACUACAACUCAGUCAAAAUGUAUCACCAGGUGUGAUACAACAUUGUAAUCAGUCAUGUCAAUUUCGCAUCAUUUGAGGCAUGUUGAUAGA